CUGUGCCGUCAGUGAGUGAGUGUAGCGGAGGCAGCAGAAGCGCUGAGACGCAUCUCAGUCACUUUAAAAAAUAACCCAGUUCAGGGGUAUCAGCUCCUCCAGUUAGAGGGAGAGGGAGAGGGGAAGGGGUGACUGCUCAAUGCAGAAAGCAAAAUUGCAACAAGUUAGAAAAAAAAGAUAGAGACACAGCUAGACAGGAUCGAAUCAAUUAACCUCUAAUUUUUAAAAAAAAUGCUUACUAAACGCGCCGUGAAUGAUUACAGAACGAGUGCAAUGAGAGACUGAAAGGAGGGGAACUUGGUCUUCCGAAGCUUGGUGCAUGCAGAGGAGAACGAGGACAAAGUACUGCCGUUGUGUAGGACAGGAAUCAGCUGGUUGAAUCGAUUUUGAACAUGGCUCAUUAAAAUUUGCAAGCCAUAGCCUGUAUCUAAGUGGAAACGCUGCGUGCAUCUUAACAUGGGGAAAAGGUAUCCCUUACGCAAAUGUUUAAUGGCAAGCAAAUCCAAGUAAAAACCUGAUAGGAGGAUGCCUGUGCUGAUUAGCUUGCAUGGCAGGUUCUUCCUGCUGACCGUCAGCUGCUGGUUGUAUGUCGUUGCCCAACGUGGAAAUGGCAGUAGUGGAAACAUGACGGAGCAGGGGGCAGGAUGGGUGCCGUUCAUCACCUCCCGCCUGGAUCACAUCAUUGUGAAAGAGGGAGUCAGCGUGACGAUGAACUGCAAUGUAAGUGGCAACCCUGAGCCGCAGAUUCAGUGGUACAAUUCCAACGGCCGCUUGCUGAACCAGGAAAGUGAAAAUUGUUGGAUAUCGGACAGUGGACUGUUAAACAUCACCACAGUUUCGUUUGGUGACCGAGGCAAGUAUACUUGUGUAGCCUCGAACCAUUAUGGCAGUGUCAAUUACACUGUGACUCUGAGAGUCGUCUUCACCUCGGGGGAUAUGGGUGUAUACUAUAUGAUUGUUUGCCUUGUUGCAUUCACCAUUGUGAUGAUCCUGAACAUCACACGCCUGUGCAUGAUGAGCAGUCAUCUCAAGAAGACCGAGAAAGCCAUCAAUGAGUUCUUCAGGACCGAGGGAGCGGAGAAACUGCAAAAGGCCUUUGAAAUUGCCAAGCGUAUCCCGAUCAUCACCUCUGCCAAAACCCUGGAGUUGGCCAAAGUCACCCAGUUUAAGACGAUGGAGUUUGCCCGCUACAUCGAGGAGCUUGCCAGAAGCGUCCCACUCCCCCCUCUCAUCAUGAACUGCAAGAUGUUCGUGGAGGAGAUAAUGGAAGCCGUGGGCAUGGAGGAGCCGAGCCAUAUCUAUGUGGGAGCUGGACCAGCAAGUCAGGAAACUCCAGAUGAGGUGUACUCGAUACCAAAUUCUUUAAAACGCAGUAACUCGUCAGCAGGGGACUCAGACGAAUCAUCUUUGCACGAGCAGCCCCAGCACAUUGCGAUCAAGGUGUCGGUGCACCCUCUGACGGCUGGGGAUAAACGAGAGGGGCAGAGCCGACCGGUCGGUGCCUGCCAACCAGAGCAAGAGGCCAAGGAGGCGGUGGCGGUGCCAGCACCCAUAGAAAGUAACCCCCAGGUCGGGCUGACGGUGACGGAGAGUGCCGGCAAAGUUGUGACGGUGGUCACCGAAAAAGCCAACUGCGCCACCUCUGUCUUAGCGGAGAACAGCAACUCUGUGACGCCAGGGGUGAUUGGGAAAACCCCUCGGGUCAUAUACGAGAGCCAUGUGUAGCUGUCACACAAAACUGGAUCACCCCUUUUGGCUACUGUGUGGUGGGAUCACCGAUGAAUAAAAUUAGCCUUAACUGGAAGAAGAUCAUUGUGGAAGAGCAGACAAUUAUGAUAAUGCAUGGGUUUCUGUUUAAAUUCUGUUGCAUUAGGUUAUCACUGACAUCAUAUUUAGGUGAUUGACAUAUUUGGGGAAAAUAGAUUACUUUGAGUUUUUAUUUUAAAACAAAAAAUGAACUCCCACUUCGAAAUUCCUCUCAGUAAAAUUCUUUUGGGUAAAUGUCACUGUCCAUUGAACAAUUUAAACCGGCCGUUUUAGCUCACUGCCUUGCACACAGCUGGUUUGGUUGUAUAUCAGUUGUUACACACAGUUAUCAAACACAUGCUUUGUACUAAAAUGUAGGUGACCCGGUAGAAUUUCUGUAAUCUUUAGACUAAAUUUCCAGAACACAGUGUAAUUUUAACGCACAAGAAAACUAUUUCUGAUUUUAGAAAGGGAGAAGGGGCAAAAAAGAUCACUUGUAAAUUACCGGGAAUAUGGCGGUUUUAGAUGGAGGUCACUUUUUUAAAGCCUGAGAAUUCCUGUUUACAGAUUUUAAAAAAAAACUUGAAACACACCUUUCAACACCUCAAAAUCUCUGAAGCACUUUAAAUUUUUUUUUUUGCACAUUUCUGACACUGUCACACACACACACACACACACACACCAGCAGGUUUGUACACAGUAAGCUGCCACAAAUUAUCAACCUGAUGCAGCAAUUUGAUUUGGGAGUGAAUAUCAGUCCAGCAGAAUUCCGUGCUUUUCCAGAGUUUCACAAGAAAAGACUCUGGAUUUUUUUUUGCGGGAUUUGAGCACCCAUGGCAAGACCAGCAAUUAUUGAAUGCUCGGCUAGGUUAUUUCAGAGGGCAGUUAAAAGUCAGCUGCAUUGCUGUGGGUCUGGAGUCACGUGUAGGCCAGACCAGGUAAGGAUGGCAGAUUUCCCUCCUGAUGUGCAGGCUAGAUGGAUUAGCCAUUGGAAAUGCAGGGUCACAGGGAUAGAGUGGGUCAAGUUGGGAUGCUAUUCGUAAGGUUGGUGUGCACUCACUGAGCCGAAUGGCCUGCUUCCACACUGUAGGGAAAUUCCAUGUGUCUUUCUUAAUGUGAGUGGAUCGGUUGGGCUUUUCAGCCAUAAACAGAUCAUUUCUGAGGAAGGAUGAUUGGACCUGAAAAGUUACCUGAGUUUUUUCUUCACAGAUGCUGCCAGACCUGCUGAGCUUUUCCAGCAACGUCUGUUUUUGUUCCUGAUUCACAGCAUCCGCAGUCUGGUUUUUAAGAAAAUUCAUGUGGUUACUGUUAUCAAGACAAACUUUAAACAUGCCAAUGAUGGGGUGACAGUGGCUCAGUGGUUAGCACUGCAGCCUCACAGCAUCAGGGACCCACGUUCGAUUCCACCCUCGGGUAAAUGUCUGUGUGGAGUUUGCACAUUCUCCCUGUGUCUCUGUGGGUUUCCUGCAGGUGCUCCAGUUUCCUCCCACAGCCCAGAGAUGUGUGGGUUAGAUGAAUUAGCCAUGCUAAAUUGCCCGUAGUGUUAGGGGAUGUUUAGAUGAGGUGGAUUUAUAGGGGGAUGGGUCAGUGUGACUUGUUGGGCCGAAGGGCCUGUUUCCACACUGUAGGGAUUCUAUGAUUUGAAAUUCCCCUAUCUGUAGGUCUGAGCCAUUUGUUUAGUGACAGAGGGUGAUUGUCUCCCAUUUUACUAGCCACCUGAGAGGGCAGGGAGGAACAUAGUUCACUGUCACAUCUGAAGGCAGGGCAUCACUUCCCCAGUACAAGGCUGUGUGUCAUGAUUGAGUUUGUGCUGUAGUGCUGCUAUCCACAGAACUAAAGCUGACAAGGCGAUGGGAAAACAAAUGAGGGGGGAAAAAAAGGGGAAGGUUCUUUCUCAUGUUCAAACCCCAUCAUGCUAGUGUGAGAAUCUGAGCUUAUUAUGGUUUAAAAAAAGAUGUUAUUAAUAGUUUGUUAGUUCAAACCCUGUCCUGCUAAUCUGAGAAUUUGAACUCUUUGGAAAUAAAACAAAUAACCCAAGUUAUUAAGAGUUUGGCAUCAGUAAAAGUGACUCCAAUGUUGUAUUAUUAGUUGUCACAGACAUGUUGCACGCUAAAAUGUAGUUGGGCUAGUAGAGGUUCUGUAAUCUUUAGAGUAAAUUUUCAAAAUAUGCAAAGAAUUUCAUUUCUGACUGUAGUUACACACCUAACCAGAUUCACAUGGGUCCUUCAGGGAAGAGGUCACGUUGACCGAUUUAUUUUUUUAUGAAUGUGACAUCAGUCCUGUGCCAAUCUGUUUACCUCCCACUCUGCCCAUCUGAUAUGACCUAGCAAACUGUUCAGUCUAAAGAAAUACUUCCCUAACAUUCUGACCUCACUUUAACGUCUCACAACCUCGGAAUUCGGGUGACCGCAGGGUGAAAAAACGGUCGGGGAAAUGUGUUGGGGAUAGGAGUUGUUGAGAAAUGGGGGACAGGCUUCAGCGAGUGGGGACGGGAGGGGAGGGAGAGCUAGUUCUUGUUGUUGCAAUGGAGUGAGGAGAUGUGUUUGCAAUUUUAACUUGGGUGCAUUGCUGGAAAGGCAGAUGGGAAAACAAAACACGUGCACUGGCUUAUUUUCUCACAGCAACAACUGAGCCCCAGACAGUAGUCCAUUAGGUCAGACCAAUGAAUAGAAAAUCUAAGAAUUUAAAGGGACCAACAGCAGUUAGCUUUCCACCCAAGUUCCAUGUUAAAAUCUCAUCUUGAAGCACAGUUUGGGAAGCCCUGGUCAAAACCAACUCAGGACGAGUAAUUAUUUCUGAUGGAAGUUUUGAUGAAUGUUUAAAAAAAAAGUUAAAAUUCAUAUCUGAUCAAAGGCCACCGAACACAAUAUUUGCUUCAGCUCACAGCUGUGGUACUUUAGCGAUUUCUAGUCCUAACUGGUAAUUUAAUCUCUGUUGGUUGUCAACUGAAGCUCUAAAAUUCCUGCCAGUUGAGAAUUGCUACAUAUCAGUGCAGGGUCCUUCAAGGAUGUUAUGAUGUCAGGAAUGCUGAGUGUAGACAGUCAAAGUAUUGUACAACUCAGUAACUUCAUCCGGUCUCUCCCCUGUGGGAUGCCAAGAAACCAGGGAGUCAUGUCGUCCAUAGUGACUACUUUACAUUUACGUGGAGCCCUUAAUAUAACAAAGCAUCCCAAGAAGCCAAAGAGGAAACAAGGAUUGACACUGAGCCACAGAAUGGGAUCUUAGGUUAGGGAACAAAAGUCUUGGUCAAGAAAGAGUGUUGGAAAUGAGAAAAGAGAGGUACAGAGACAUUUAGGGGCUAGGCAGCUGGAGGCGUCCCGAACAAUAAUUAGGAUGGAAUUGGCAAGGGGCUGAGAUUGGCAGGAGGUAUGAGCUGUGAUGCAGAAGAAGGCAAACUAGAAUAAUGUUGUAGGCUGGAAGAGUAUAUAAUGGGUAAGCAAAGAGUUGUACAAAAGUCUGAGGCCAUAGAAGGAUUUGAAGGCACAAAUUUUGGUCCUGAAUAUCGGAAUCUCCCUUCUUCAUUAGAAUCUGAGGCAUCUCCUUGCGCAAGACGGUGACCCCAAAUCAUUUUGUCAUUAAUCAAUAGCUUAACCCAAAAUCAAAUCUGUCCUCACUUAAUGACAUGGCACCGCAUAUGGCUGUUCCCCAUCAUUGCCAACUCCUCAUCAUCCAGCAGAGAUCGGAAGACUAUCAUCGGUUUUGAAUAUACUGGGAAACUUGCUUAGUGGGGUUGCUCUGGGUGGGAAUAGUGGUGGUGCAUGGGCAACUAGGUUAAUUCAACAGCUCAAGGUAUGAUAAACCCAUGGCCUCUGACAGUGAUCCAAAUGUACCUUGUUGCAGAACCAUUCAAUUAGACACACUCUGUAUUUUGAAACCUCCAAUUUUUGAGGUUGUUGGAACAUUGUCUUAAAGGAGGCCAGCAGCAUUUAAUAAUAUUCCAGUAGUAUUGUGAGCUGAGCUGUUGUAGGAUCAUAGAAAGAGGCCAUUCAGCACAUCAGUCCUGCACUGACCCUCCGAAGAGCGUACCACCUAACUCAAUAAUCACCGUGUCCCUGAUACCCUGCGUUUCCCAUGGCUAACCCACUUAGCCCGUGUAUCCUGCACACUAUGGGCAAUUUGGCCUGGCCAAUCCACCUAACCCACAUAUCUUUAGACUGUGGGAGAAAACUGGAGCACCUGGAGGAAACCCACACAGACAUGACGAGAAUGUGAAAACUUCACACAGAGAGUCACCUGAAGCUGGAGUCGAACCUAGCUCCCUGGCACCAAUGAGACAGCGGUGCUAACCACUAAACCCUAUCGCUGUUGUGGAAAGGGAGAGAGGGGGUGAGGGCUGAAGUGCAGGAGGUGGGUCAGACCCAACUGAGGGCCCUGGCAACCAUGGGUGGUGGGGAAAUCCUUGGCUGAGGAAGAUGGUGGACAUUUCGGAAGCUCCCUUGUCGAAUUUGGCAUUAUCAGAGCAGAUGCGACAGUGGAACUGGGAGAAUGGAAUGGAAUUUACUCCCUGUAAAGACUCUAUUUCAUUGUCCCUAGGCCUGGAAAGCAAACCUCUGUUCCCAAAGCCAAUUUGGGAUGGUCAAUGAUUGCAGGCCAAGGCAGCGAAAGCCACAUAAUGCGGGAAAGUAGACCAUUAACAAUAUGAUGCAAAUGUCUCUUUUGCUCCCUGAAACCGUUGUCGUAGAAGGAUCAGUCAAAUGUGACUGCACACUUUGUGCAUCCCUGGGCAGCAUCACUCAUGUUUGGAAAUGCUGAGAUUGAAGAAGAAUCAUAUUGGACUCAAAAUGUUAACUCCAUUUCUCUCUCUCCUCAACAGAUGUUGCCAGACCAGCUGAGUUACUCCAGCAUCCUCUGUCUGGUGAAAGUGCAUUGUUCCCAAUGUUUUCAAGAACAGUGUCUGAAUAAAACUUAGCGUAACUUCUCUGUC